AUGUCAGAGCACAGCAGGAAUUCUGAUCUGGAAGAUUCCCUUGGUGAGGAGAUCGACGAAGAUGAGGUCUUGGCUAACUUGUCCCCCGAGGAGCUGAAGGAACUGCAGUCGGAAAUGGAAGUCAUAGCCCCGGACCCUCACCUGCCUGCGAGCAUGAUUCAGAGAGACCAGACCGACAAGCCACCCACCAGAAACUUCGACCACAAAUCUCUCAUCGAUUAUAUGUAUUGGCAAAAGGCAUCUAGGCGAAUGCUGGAAGACGAGCGCGUUCCUGUCACCUUUGUGCAGGCUCAGGAAAAUACUCAAGAACGCCAUGAAGACAGAGACAGAGGUAUUAAAAAUGUGCCCCGAUUUUUAAAAGAUAAACUGAAUAAUGAACUAGUUGCACACAAAAGAGAAUCAGAGGGUAGCAACAGUGUACAAGAAACAGACAAGGAUGAUGAUGAUGAUAAUGAUGAAGAUGAUGAAGAAGAUGACGAUGAUGGAGAAGAUGAUGGUGAAGAGAGUGAUGGAAAAACCAAUAGAGAAAAAGAAAACGAAGCAAAGGUACAAGCUCGCAACGGUGAGAGCAAUAGCCAAAGAGUCACUAGGAAAGCCUUUGACGACCAAAAAGACAGGCCUGAGGCCCAAGAAAAAAGUGAGAAGAAAAUAGCAAAAUUAGAUCCGAAGAAGUUAGCUCUAGACACUAGUUUUCUCAAGAUAAGCGCAAGGCCUUCAGGAAAUCAAACGGACCUGGAUGGGAGCUUGAGACGGGUGAGACAGAAUGACCCAGACAUGAAGGAACUCAACCUGAACAACAUCGAAAACAUCCCCAAAGACAUGCUGCUGGACUUUGUCAAUGCAAUGAAGAAAAACAAACACAUCAAAACGUUCAGCUUAGCAAACGUGGGUGCAGAUGAGAAUGUGGCCUUUGCCUUGGCCAACAUGUUGCGGGAGAAUAGAAGCAUCACGACGCUCAACAUCGAGUCCAACUUCAUCACUGGCAAAGGCAUCGUGGCCAUCAUGAGGUGCCUCCAGUUCAAUGAGACUCUCACUGAGCUUCGUUUCCACAACCAGAGGCACAUGCUGGGCCACCAUGCAGAAAUGGAGAUCUCGAGGCUCUUGAAGGCCAACAAUACUCUCUUGAAGAUGGGCUACCAUUUUGAGCUUCCUGGUCCCCGAAUGGUGGUGACGAACCUGCUCACUAGAAAUCAGGAUAAACGGAGGCAGAAAAGGCAAGAAGAACAGAAGCAACAGCAACUGAGAGAGCAGAGGAAGUUAAUAGCCAUGUUGGAGAGUGGUCUAGGGCUGCCCCCUGGGAUGUGGGAGAUGUUAGGUGGGCCCAUGCCAGAUUCCAGAAUGCAAGAGUUCCUCCAGGCUCCUCCUGGACGCCCUCCUAGUUCUCAAGCGAUGCCCUUUGGUCGAAGGAAUGAAAUGAUGCAAAACCCAUCUCAGCCUCCAAAGUACCAGACAGACCCCGACUCCUUCCGGGUGGUGAAACUGAAGAGAAUCCAGCGCAAAUCUCGCAUGCCAGAAGCCAGAGAACAGCCUGAGAAAACCAACCUCAAAGAUGUGAUCAAAACACUCAAACCAGUGCCCAGAAACAGACCACCGCCACUGGUGGAAAUCACACCCAGAGAUCAGCUCCUAAAUGACAUUCGCCACAGCAACAUCGCCUAUCUGAAACCUGUGCAACUGCCAAAAGAACUGGCGUAG